AACGGCGUAUACCGCGGCCUCGUCGACGUCAACCCGAACGACCCGAACGCCGUGCAUUUGGAAAUCAUGAUCGCCAACAUGGACACACAAGACUACGUGAUCCGAGCGUCUUCCAAGAUGAUUCACGUUCCCGCAUCCCUCUACAACACGACAGCCAAUUCGCUCAACAAUCCCGUGCGAAUCCAACUUGACAGCGCCAACGGCGUCCUAACUCGAGCAUCCCUCACGAAGGACCUGCCCUUGUCAACCCGUAUCAACUUGGCCGUAGGGUCCAUUGCCUGGUAUCCCUUUGACAGCUACGCCACACUGCUCGACGUGCAGGCGGCGAUUGGCACCGGCGCGUUCACAGGCACGAAGGAGUCGGGGAUUCCCAUGAGUUUGAGGGUGUACCAGCCAGAGGAUUUUGACUGG